GUUCACGAAGGCAAACAGCAGCAGAGCGCACAGCUAUAGGUCGUCGCUUCAGUCCAAUCCGCUUCGUCAAGCAUGUGCAAGGUCAUCAACACAGUCCAGUCGCUCGCCUGGCUGCGCCGCGCCGUGCGACGGUGGUGCUCCCGCGCGUCGGCCUCAGUGCAGCCCAACAAGAACAUGCUGGACGCCGCGGUGCCGGCCGGGCACGUGGCGGUGCGCGUGAGGGGCCGCGGCGACGGGGAGUCGUCGUCGAGGCGGUUCGUUGUGCCGGUGGCGCAGCUGAGCCACCCGGCGUUCUGGGAGCUGCUCCAGCAGGCGGAGGAGGAGUACGGUUUCCCGUCGGCCUCCGGGCCCCUCGCCCUCCCCUGCGACGAGGACCACCUCCGCGACGUCCUCCGCCGCGUCUCGUCCUCCGACUCUGAGGAGCGCCCCUCAUUCCGUCGCCGCCGCGGCGUCGUGGCGGCGUCGCACGAUGACUCGCGGCCGCUGCUGCAGGGCGUGACCAUGAAGAAGCUCGCCUCGUGAUCGAUCGGUCGACCGUACGCCUGCUCUCUACAUUGCAGAAGCGGGAUCGCCGUGUUCAUUUUGCUCCUUUUCAUGCAAGCCGGAAGCAGCAGCCAGCCAGGCAGCCAGCGGAAGCCAGCAGUAGUAGGCGCGCGCCCAUGCCGCGGCGCCGUAGCCAUCCAUGGCUGCAAGACUGUUACACUGACAAAGCGCCCCGAUGCUUCUGGACUAUCACCCCAUGAGUCGAGCUGGCAUUUUAGAAAAUGUACAUAUUUUCGUGUCCUAGAAAUGAAAUGUAUAUAUUUGUGUCCUAU